AUGGAUGGGAUACGUGCAUUUGUGAUCUUCAACCAAGAGAGGCUUGCAUACUGGAAAGUGAAGCUCGAUCAAGCGCUGACAAACGCGAAUCGAGUGGCGUGUCGAGGCGGCGGCGGAAGAUUGACUACCUUGGAAUCGCAUAGCACCGAAAAUGGACAAAACUCUUCAAAUUUCAGAGAACCUUUAUCUGAUCUUAUUUGCCCGAUUUGUUUGGAUACAUAUGAUGACGCUCUGACACUCUCUUGUGGUCAUUCUUUGUGUUGGGCUUGCGUGGAACAGAUGCGACUUGUUGCGAAAAGCGAGACCGUUACGUGGUUAAAAGAUGCAAUUCUAACCCUCAGCCGUCUUGUCGAGGUCCGAAAUCGAGGAAUUCGUUGUGGAGAGUGUCGGGAGAAAUGUGAAGAGACAAAAAUGUGGACGUGUUUGACAUGUUUGAGACACGGGAGUACGAAACUCAACCGUGAAUCGAUGGUUUAUGUCGGAAACUUGAAUGCGUCAAGUUUUGAAGAAGAUCCAAAUGACAGCAAUCCAGAAAGUCUACAAAAAGAGAUGAACCAACAAGAGCGCUUUGGGCGUUUCUCGUUUUGCGCAUCUUGUCUACUUUAUUAUCAUAAAGGGCACGACUACGAAGAAGUGCUCAAAUUACGAGAACGAUCAAAAUUGGUGGAUGAGAUGAAAGGAAAAUGGUUGGAAAAGGCGAAUUCGAGCAUUCAAACGAUCAAAGAAACGACAACCACAAUUACAAAUGGACUCUUUGAUGAGGUUCUUCUCGAGAACGUUCGCAUCAAAUUCGAUGAAAUUUGCGAUGUUGCAAAAUGUUCGAAUGAGGAAAUUGAGGGAAGAGGAGGAGCGGUGAUCGAGAAAUUACAAAGAAUACAGAAAGAGUUUCAUCAAGGAUUUCAGAGACAUUUCGAGGAAUUUCUCGAACGAUGCUCUACAGCAAUCUCUUCAAAUCCACCAUCAUUUCAUGGAUCUCCGCAGAAUUUGUCUCCAUUAGAGCCACCGAGGGGAUUUUCAUCGCGAAGAAGCUCAACGGAUCGAAAUUUCACCCCACAAUCUUCGUCACCGACUCCAAGAUAUGAAAAAGAAACCGAGGUGUCAAUCCCGUCCCUUGCCCCAUCUCUGCCCACUCCAACAUCUCUCGGUUCUCACAGUUCUCCUCUUCUACCACCACUUCCCUCAACUCUUCCACCAUUGGAAAAACUGAAGCUAGAAAGUGAACCGAUCAUUCGAAGACCCACUGUUUUGUCAUCACUGCGGGAUCGUCCCACUUCCCUUCAAGCAUCUCCCUUUCCCUCCACUCCAACCGCGAACUGUUGUCACUUCAAAGAUUUCAACUGGCAACCGGGAUUUCAUCAGGACAGUGACAACCGCAGAGAUUGCUUGAGUAAUGCCCAUCCAGCGGGUGCUUCCUUCGUUCACAAAUUCCAUGUGGAAGUGAGAUCAAAUGCCCGGCUGGGCUUUAUUGCAAAGUUCAUAAGGCCUCAACUGGUGAAAGGAAUUUGUGAA